CAAUGUUAGAUGUAACGAUUAUCCAGAUUGGCUGCUUCCCUUGAAGCCUACCCAACGUUCUUGGAUAUAUAUAGGCCUUAAAUGUUCAUAGUGAAUCGUAAUUGACAGUAUAACGCUGCCUAUCUUACAUAUAUGACGACGAAAAAAACCAUAUUUGAUCAAAUCUGAUUUUGGAUAUGUACAAAAUUGUGGUUAAAUCCACUGCGUUUUGUUGAUUGACAUUAUCCCAAUCAACCAAUGGGAUCGCUGGGUUUCUUACUUAGGGUCGAAUGUUUAUUAAAAUCCACAGAGCCAUGUUUAUAUGCAGAGUUGUUUUUGUGAGUAGAAACGGAAGGAGGACUCUGAUAUCUUUGCCUCUUCCAACUCUCAUUUAAAGUUUUAAACAUGACUAACAGCAUAAGGAGUCGCAGUGAUCUUUGGAGUUUAUCAGCAGAUGAAUCUUUGGUGAACAGAAAGUUACCAAAAGAACUGACAUUAAGGAUCUUCUCCUAUCUGGAUUUCGUCAGUUUAUGCAGGUGUGCCCAGGUGUCAAAGUAUUGGAAUGUACUGGCUCUUGAUGGCAGCAAUUGGCAAAAGGUGGAUCUUUUUAACUUCCAAACAGAUAUUGAGGGCCCAGUAGUUGAGAACCUUUCAAAAAGAUGCGGAGGAUUCCUUAAGCAGCUGAGUCUACGAGGAUGUCAGAGCAUCACCAAUGAUGCCAUGAGAAUAUUUGCACAUAAUUGUCCGAAUAUAGAAGAAUUGAAUUUGGAGAAUUGCAAGAAAAUUGGUGAUCCGACAUGCUCUAGUCUAAGUAAAUACAGCAAGAAGCUGCGGUACCUAUCGCUUGAGUCAUGCACGUCCAUCACAGAUAUGGGAUUAAAGUCAUUAAGUGAUGGCAAUACUAACCUCAUCCAUUUGAAUAUUUCUUGGUGUGAGGAGAUUUCGGAUAAUGGAAUUGAAGCAAUCGCCAGGGGAUGCACAAAGCUCCAACACCUAAUCUGUAAAGGAUGUUUUAAGAUAACUGAUGAUGCUAUGAAAAGUUUAGGUACCUAUUGUCAAGACUUAACCACUUUGAAUGUACAACAAUGCCAGCAACUAACCGAUGAAGGCAUGCAAAAAUUAGCAAUUGGAACGCAACGAUUAUGUUCAUUAUGUUUGUCAAGUUGCAUACACCUAACAGACCAAACGCCAGUAGCGCUAAGUAACUAUUGUCCGAAACUACGGACGUUAGAGGUAGCAAGCUGUUCACAGUUCACAGACAACGGUUUUGGUGCAUUAGCAAAAAAAUGUCGAGAUCUUAGAAAAAUGGAUCUUGAAGAAUGUGUCUUGAUUACAGAUGUCACACUUAGUCAUUUAGCCAAUGGCUGCCCUCUACUGACCAAUCUUAGUUUGUCUCAUUGUGAGUUGAUAACAGAUGAAGGCAUACGCCAUAUAGGAACAAGUGCGUGCUCCACCGAACACCUUGAAGUUAUCGAACUCGACAACUGCCCUCUAAUCACAGACGCUUCGUUGGAGCAUCUCAUGGGUUGUCAAAAUCUAGAACGUAUUGAAUUAUUUGACUGUCAGCUUAUUACAAGGGCCGGCAUUCGACGUCUUAGGAGCCAGUUACCAAAUAUUAAAGUACAUGCAUACUUUGCACCGCUAACACCACCCCCAUCUGUUGGUGGUGGGCGGCAACGGUACUGCAGGUGUUGUACAAUAGUGUGAUAAUAUGCGACGUUGUCCAGUUGUUCGUUGGCAUAUAAGUAUAUGUGGUAAUGGUCAAGUCGGUAACAUUUGUUCAAGGUAUUGCAAUCGCUUGUUGAUUGUUGGGUUAAUUAUUGCAGGUGAGAAUGCAAAUUAGGACAGGUGAGUGAUGUAAACUAUGAAAAUUAGGACAUUGUUUAAACAGGUGGACAUUCUAAUUGGCAUGUGCUUAUGAUGACAGAUGGGACAUUUUAGUAAGUCAGACAUGCAAGUGUUAACAGGCUUGGCAUAUGCGCUACAAUAAGUACAAUAUGGUGAUUAGUGUUAUCAUAAAUAUCUUUAUUUUUUGGAGUGCAUUAAGCAGGGCCUAUCUGAACAGUGGGACCAUCCGGAAAAGUAAAUGUUGCAUGUUGUACCUUUAAAGAUCAUGAAUGAAAAUAUUAACCAAAAGGUAAAAGGCAGGACUGUGUUUGUCAGCUUGGAUAGGUGCUGGCAGUCUAAUAUGCAUAAUUGAUUCCAUGGUAUAACAAGUGAUUCGUAAACCCAUUCCAAUUAUAAAGUAGAGGAUAUUAGCAUUAUACAGUAUAGAACAAGCUUUAAAACAGAUAAAUCUGAAAUAACUUUUAAAGUUGUUCUAAUGAAUUGAACUCUGUGCUGGUUUAUUUGGUCAGGUACUUGACCUUAAAGACCAUAUCUUUGGUUCAUAUUAAAUUGCUUGUACUCCUGUCUGUAAGAUUUAUGGCCUUAGCACUGUUGCAAUUAUGUCACAUAUAGUUUAAUAUAGUUUUUAAAAAAAGAAUUAUUUACUAGCAUAUCUCUAAAAAAAAAUGUUUCUUUUGAUAGAAAUAUUUAAAAUCCUCAAUCAGUCAUUUACCAUUUUAAAAAGGUGGACCAGAUCCUAAGUUAAGUUUGUGGAAUUGUGUAAGAACAACAAUAUUCACUGGUAAUAGUAUCCAUUGUUCAUAUGAAAAAAUUAUCAUGUGGAAUAUUCAAUAGAUUUUGCUUGUUUUAAGUGGUAGGUCAAUAAAGGGUGUUAUUGCAUGUCCUCGUUAAUUUGUUUUUAAAAACUUAAUGCUAAGGCUAACUCUUAGGGUUGUUAUUUACAGUUUUGCACACUCUGUAUCCGACCCGUUAACAAUGCAAGUCAUAAUAUUUUUUUUAUUAUUCAAAUUAGAUAAAAACUUGUCAAUACGGUUAAUUUUUUUUUUUCAUAUACGUACAUAUUUAACAUUCAUUAAACAAACGUUACAGUUAAUUUAUUCAAUUUUGAGGUAUUAAUACAAAAUAUACAUAUAGUAGUGAAAGAGAAUUGUGUGGGAUAAUAAAUGCGAGCUAGAAGUUAAUUAUAACAUCAGCUUGAGAUACAGUAACUCUAAAAAAGGACCAGCAAUUCAGAUCAAGAAAUUUAUUUUAUUAAGAAAUACAGCAUUAUUCUGGAAAUGUAUUGUCAUUGUAUUGUGGUGGGUGCACUGUUCAAACACUGUGAAAUUACACCAUGAAAGCAAGUGACUUCACACAAUGAAGCAAGUUAAUUUGUUGUAAGGUGUCGGGCUUCCACUCCGACGAUCAUGUUUCGGUUCCUUUUCUGCUCGUAUUACUUUCGUCCCUGGGGAAAAAAAAAUUUGCUUUAUCUACAUGAGCCUUUCUUCACCCAGAAGGAUUUAAAUGAAUCCUGUGUGAGGAUGUGUAUAUUCUUAAUGUUGAAAUUAAUACACAUGUGAUAUAUGACUACAUGCGUAUGAAAAUCCCACAUAGAGCACAUGAUAGCAUCAUGCACAUUUAGCUAUGUAUCAAAUUACAGGAGGUGAUAUUAAUAAUGUGAAAAAUUGUAACACUUCCUUCCAAAUCAGAAAGUGAUUAAAUAUUGAUUAUAAAAACAGUAAAAGUAAUAAUUACUAUCAUUUUUAUUACUAUGAUCAUUUUUAUUCAUGGAGAUCUAUAACAAAAAUGAGUACAAAGAAAUCAUUGCAACUGAUUCUGUAAGUUUAAUAUUUCAGUAUUUAUGAUGCAUCUGUUACAGUUUGGUAAAUAUAAAAAAAACAUGGAUAACAGAUUCAUUGCACAAGUGAAUAUGAUCAUACAAUAGGGCAUGCAAGAAUCAUUUGUUUACAGAAAUAAUGAUAUUCAUUAUAAUAAACUAGCGGUUUAUGCGAUUAAUGGACCUUCCGAAGUGUCAAUCAAAUUUUAUAAAUGGCCAAUCAGAAAAAGGCCAGGAAUAUGCACACCUUCUUUAGAACUGCACGUCUUUAACAUUUGAAAAAUCAAAAUUCUUUUUCCAUCAAAAAUAUUUAUAAGAUAUUUAAUGUGGAUGAAUAACUGCAAUAUUUUCAAGAUUGGGGGAAUUAUAUAUGAAUCAUGUUGCUGAAAUCAUGAGAUUUAAAAAAAAUUAUGUAACCAUAAGGAAAAUAUAAGAUGUUUAUAUGAAGAUAUAUAUUUAUGUCGUCAUAAAUAACAUAUUGUCAUUAACAACUGUAAUUUGUAUAUGCUGGCUGCUGUAACUGAGAUUACAUCUGUAAAAUCCUGCUCACAAUGUUUUUGCGCCCCUUGUAUCUAGUGAUCCUUGCCAUGGUCUAACGUAACUUGUGUCAUGUAGCGAUAAUAUAUUAAACAUUGAUAAGCUAGCGCGUGUAUUAGUGCUAUUGUUGUGAAUAAGUUAUUUUUGGUUUAAAAAAAAGAAAAAUCAUUAGUAAUUAUAUAAUUGAUGUAAAAAAAUGAAAAUGAAAUGUUUCAUUGCUGAAAGUUGAGCAAACAAAGUCAGUGGUUCGUACAAAUGGUGUAAUUCCUUUAUUUUGGAUUUUGAAAAAAAUGAAAUUUUAAAUAAAUACAAGUUGAAUGGGAAUAAUGUUGGCAGUAAAGACAUACUGUCUGUAUUAAAGACUUAGCCAAUAAAAUUCAAAUUAAGUUAUAAGAUUAGAAUGAGAAAAUUGCAAUUGGUUUUUUUUUUCUUCAACUAAAUUGCAAAUUAGUUGCAGUUAGUUUCAACUGUAUUCUGAGACCGUUAAAAUCUUGUAGACCUUUCUGGGGUGUCAAUAAAACUUAACUCACCAGCCAACAAGUACAUGUGUUGUCUCAUAAAUGAAUAAAUGUGUUCGCGUACGUUUUUCCAAAGUCGUUUUGUGGGACAGCAGCAACAUGAAGGGGCGGACUCAGUGGAAAGUAAAUCAUGAUGUGUCUUAUUUGAAUAUGAUAACCUAUUUCAUCCUUUAGAUGAGAAAUUCAAAUUAGUUUGUCUACUGCCCUCUAUAGGUCAAAAACAGUCAGCAUCUGUAUGCCAGUGAUUAACUAGGUUUUCGCAAACAAUGCUGUAGUAAAUAUUCAGUAUUUUUAUAUUUGCAGGAUUCCCAAGUCUCCCGAAACUCCUUGGAGUCUCCCGGAAAUUGGUAUGGUCUCCCACACUCCCGCAAACAAGCAAAAAUCUCCCGCAAAUUCAGUUUUUUAAAUUUUGGCCUAAAUUUGGUUGCCGAUUAUUUUUUUCAGUCUGACAGUGGCCAUUUCUGGGCUUCUUAAGGUGCCUAUUCUAAAAAAUCUCAUCACCUCAGCCUCAAUCAUGGUGGGCCUGAUUUUUUCUCAUAGAAUAAUAUAUAGAGCCCCGAAUGUCAUUAAACGAAUCUCCCGGAAAUGGAUUUUUCCAAUUUAGGACCCUGUAUAUGUGCCUGAUCCCCUAUUGUAGGAGAAUUUAAAUUGUUUAUGGGAACAAUAAAACUGAAUAAUGGUAAUUAAAAUAUAACAAAAAAAGCAGUAGACAUGUUUUUCAUUCAGAGCAUUUUUUAGAUUGAUGCUCAGAGUCUAGAUUUUAACACAAACGUAUGUCUUUACAGCUUGACACUUUUAGUACAGACAUAUUCAAUCAUUUUGUUUUAACACUUUUUUUGCCACCUGUAUGUAAAUUAUUCCACAUGAUAUUAAUUUAAUUUGAAUCACCACUUGUCAUUCCAAUUUACACCAUGUUGUUACCAUGGCAUAACUAUGGCGUUACCACAGCAUCACUAUGGCAUUUCCAAAGUGGAAUGUUAAUUUGAAACGACCCAACGUUGUAAUUGUGUGUAAAAUAAAUAUUUAUUCUUCCCUUUGCAAUGCUAAGUUUAUAUAUUUGUAAAAUAUUUUGCAUAUUUAGAAAAAAAAGUAUUUAUAAUAAUCAUUGUUAAAAAUAUGCAUGCUUUUUGUAUCCAUUAAAUGUUAGUAAUAAUUUCAUUUGUAUGUUAAUUUUAUCAGACUAUAUUUUAAUAUGUGUUAACAUGCAUACAAAUUACUGAACUGAAUAUACUGUAGGGCUCAUCUUUAUCCAAUUCUGUUGUAUAUUCAUUCGUUUUGUUUAUAUGCAUUUUAAAUAUUUGCACAUUUUUGCCAUUCUUUUAGUAAUACCUCUUAAUCAGUCCUGAACUGUUUUAUUAUUGAUAAAAAAAACCAAAAAAACAAUUGUUUAUUUGUUCAUUCAUUAUGCUGUCAUGAAAUUAAAUCUUUGUCAUCACUCAUUUUUCUCAUUGCCACUAUGUUUAAUAUUAACAUUUGUAUUUUGAUUAUGUUCAUCAAGAAAUCAUCUUUCUCAAUUUCAAUAUUUUUUAUUUAUUAUUAACAAUCAUGUUUUUAAAUGUCAUAAUCAUAACUACCAUCGUCAUUCUUUUAUUUGAAUCAUCAAUUUAAUUCUUAAGAGCAGAGUCUGGUGAAAAAACUUUAUGUUAAUGUCCUCAAGUCCUUGUUCUGAAAUCUGAUCUGUUUAAAUCUGUCCAAUGAAAGAAUAUUUUCAUUUAUUAAUAUACAGUAAUCUUUCAAACUUCCUUAUUUUGAGGACGUUAAAAAUAUGAUUUACAGUAUUGCAAACAUUUACAGUCAAAUAAUGUAUUAGCUUCAAAAUAUAAAUGCAAUUUGUAAUAAUCAAUAAACUGAAUAUAUGCUCACAUUUUUGUUUUCAAUUUUCUCAUUAAGGUCCUCCCUACAUACCUUAGCUAUGUGCCCUACAUCGUCAUUAUUUUGUUUUUAUUCAGAGACCAAAUUUAUAGAUUUAGGGAAAAAAGUAAUAAUUAGUAUUAUUUAUUUGUGUAGAUUUUGCAUUGAAUGGUUCACACAAGAGGCCUUGAGGAGAGACAUAAAUGUUAAAAGUAUUAAUUAAUAAUAAGUAAUUAAACUUUCUGAUCAUUAUUUGUUAUCAACUAUCUUCAGAUGAUUUAUUUUUACCAAAUUUCACAAGAUUAAGAAAUAUUACACUACAUAUAAUAUAACUACAUACAGUCUUGAAGUGUAAAGUAAUAUAAAUAACAUUAGUGGUUAAACAUUGGCUUGGCAAAGGUAUGAUAAUGUAGGGGUGUGGGUGUGACAGAAUUGUCAAAUUCCAAAAACUGUUUAAAAAACUUGGCAAUUCUUUGCACAAUAUUUGUCAAGAAUAUAGUUGUCAUUUUAAACUAGGGUAAGAUUGCCAACAAACUUGCAUAAAUGGAUGUUGAACAAAAAUUAUUGAUAUUAAUAAAGUUAUAUACAGUAUCUAUUUUGGUUCCUUUCUCACCGACUACUGUACGUAUAGAAGGAAUGGGAUGUAAACUGAAAUGCAUUGUGGAAGGUAUUUAAUCUGCAGACUUGUCAAAACUAGUGUAUUGCUAGGAACUGUAAGUUUUAAGAAAACUUUAAUAAUGUUUAUAGUUAUAGAAUAUUUAUUUGAAAUCUUCCAAUGAUUUUGGUGUCCAGCUGUGCUUUGUAGACGUUUAAGGCCAGAAAUAUGAGAGUAAAGAUUCUUUGUUUGAAUACAAUGAUUUUCUUUUUAAAAGAAAUGAUUUAUGCAUUGCUAAUGUUGAAAAGGUUGAGAUAAUAAAAAGAAAAAAGCUUAUAAAUGUAUAAGAAAAUUGAAAAA